AUGGCAGCGACAGGAAACAAUAACACACUGAAAGGCCGGAGCAAAGGGCGUCAAAAGCUAUGGGCUAGGAAGCAACAGAGGAAAGAGUUGGUUGAUCUCAGGGCUCUCCUCUUCCAUUUCGCACAAGCUGUGGCAGAAGACAACCACCUGUUCGCCAAUGAACUUCUAAAGAUGAUAAGAGAACACUCCUCAGCAGAUGGUGAUUGUACUGAGAGACUGGCAUUUUACUUGGCGGACGGCCUCGAGGCAUGCUUGGCUGGGAUCGGGGGUCAGGUUUAUAAAAACCUCAUGGAGAGGACGUCAUACUACUUUGCCAGCCAAGCUAUUCUUGAUGACUCAAAAGGGCAACAAAGGGUGCACAUCGUUGAUUUUGGCAUCGGCUACGGCUUUCAGUGGCCAUUAAUGAUUCAGAGGUUUGCACAGCGAGAAGAGGGAGCCCCUAAGCUUCGGAUCACAGGUAUAGACGUUACUCACCCAUGUUUCCACCCCUGCGAAAUGAUCGAGGAGACAGGGGAGCGGUUGGCUGAUUAUGCAAACAUGUUCAAGGUACCUGUUCAGUAUCAGGGCAUUGUGGCUUCAAGAUGGGACACUAUCAAAAUUGAGGAUCUUAACAUUGAUGAGGAUGAAGUUCUCAUAAUUAACUGCAUAUUCCGGAUGAAGAAUCUUGGUCAUGAAACCGCAGGAAUAAAUAGCGCAAGGGAUGAGGUAAUGAAAACUAUGAGGAGGAUGAACCCAAAGAUUUUUAUUUCUGGCACAAUGAAUGGGUUACACAGUUCUCCCUUCUUCAUACAACGGUUCAAAGAGGUUAUGCUCCAUUACUCCCCAAUGUUUGAUAUGCUUGAUGCAAAUGUUCCACGGAAUAAUAAGGCAAGAAAGAUGAUUGAGAGAAGCCUAUUUGGGACGGACGCACUUAACAUCAUAGCAUGUGAGGGCGCGGACAGAACUGAGAGGCCAGAAAGUUACAGACAGUGGCAAGCAAGGUUCCUCAAGGCUGGGUUCCAGCAGCUUCCUGUGGAUCCAGCCUUCUUGAAAAGAGUACACAUGAAGAACUCACUUUAUCAUGAGGAAUUCUUUGCUGUUGAAGAUCGCGGUUGGCUGCUACAAGGAUGGAAAGGGAGGGUACUUUAUGCUAUAUCCAAAUGGAAACCUAAUGAAACAUAUGAUAAUCAGUAA